AUGGAGCGUGGUUUUGGAAAACCACCGUUCUUCGAUGGAACAAAUUACCCCUAUUGGAAAAUACGCAUGUCCGGGCAUCUCCAGGGGAUUGACUCGCUUGUUUGGGAAAUUUACGAGGAUGCUACUUUCGUUGUGAGGCUUCAGAGCUAUCACGAGGGUGUAGCCCAUGUCAAAACCAGACUCUAUGAGACGUACAAGAGAGAGUACGAGAACUUCACUCAGCUUGAUGGCGAGUCCAUCGAUGCCAUGUCUUCUCGUUUUCAGACGAUCAUCGACAAGAUUCGAGCAAACAAGGAUGUGAAGGUGUCCGCCAUCAUCGAGUCUUCGAACUACGACACCAUCACCGUGGACGAGCUAUUCAGCAAGCUCAAGUCCACCGAGAUCGAUUACCAGACCCCAGCCAAGCUCAAGAAUCCCUCUGCACUGACUAUGACCUUAAUCUUAGGUAACAGUUCAAGUUCUUCUGCUAACCCUUCACAGAUAUCGUUUGCCUUGUCUUCUUUGGUGUCUGUUUCAGAGGAGCAGUUGGAGACCCUUGGGGAUGACGAGCUGGCGUUGAUCAUCAACCGGUUCUCGUGGUUCCACAACAACCGCUUGAACCAUCGCCGGGGUGGUGAUCAAAAGGUGGGCUGCUACAACUGUGGAGAUCCCAACCACUUCAUCGCUCGCUGCCCCAAGAAGAACAAGCACUCCUCCGACAAGUAUGACUCCGGCAGGCGCAAGGACAAACACGAUUACACCUCCAAGAAGUACAAGUCAAAGAAGGGCUUCGACAAGGAGGCGCUCAAGAAGAUAUACCGCAAGAAAGCCAAGGCACAAGAGCGUGCCUUCCUUGCUUCCCUCAGUGACCUUGACAACGACUCUGACGAUGACCGCUCCUCCUCUCCCUCAAGUGAUGAUGAGUCCGAGAGGAAGAUGAAGGAGAAGCUGACCUGUCUCUGCUUCAUCGCCGACUCCACUCAUGGAGGCUUCUACACCAUGGCGAUUGAUGAAGAGGUGAAGGCCAGCAAGGAUGAGGUCUCCUUCGAAGAUGACACCUCCGAGGUAUCUCCUUCUAUCAAUGACCUUGCUGCUGAGCUUGAUAGCAUGAAUGUCACCUUGAUUAUUCAAGAUAAAUUGCUUAAGUGUGCUACCCGUGAGAGGAAAGAGUUUAAGGACAAGCUAGACUUGGCGCUGAAGGAGCUUGAGGUUGCUAAGAAGUGUGCUAUGGUUGUGUCAGAUGAAGUAGAGUGCGAUGAGUGUGUUGUUCAUAUGUCUAACUUCUCUAAAUUGCAAUCUAAGUAUGCUUCUUUGCUUGAUGAGUAUGGUGAGCUGAAGGCUAGGCUUGUCUUGUUGGGUGCGUGCAAGUCCUGCUCGGGCUUGCAAUCUGAGCUGGCAGAGAAGAAUUCCAAGAUCUCUAUUCUUGAGAAGGCCAGUUCAGAUAGCACCAUUGCUAAGAGGAAGAGAGAUGAGUGGCGAGAGUACGAGUUGAACAACUGGAACAUGUACCGCCCGCCGCAUGGCGUACAUGUGUCGCUUAUUCAGAGGCGCAGUGCUAGGCCUAGAGGUGCAAUGCCUCAAGAUACUAGGCCUCAGCUUAUCAGAGGCCUGGAGAACACGUGGCUUGUUGAUUUCAGUUGUUCGCGCCACAUGACCGGAAGUUCAAAAUGGUUCUCUAGCCUCGACCCCGUGCAAUGUAAGGAGUACAUCACAUUCGGGGAUAAUAGCAAAGGAUGGUUUUGA